AUGAAUGCCAGCUCGUGCGCAACGACAGAUCGAUGGUGCAUCUGUACAGGGCAGAGCAUCUUGGAAACUGCACUUGGGUGCUACAGUUUGUCUUGCACUCCAAAGCAAAGCCUAUUCUCGACGAACUACACUCGUGCCGCCUGCGGGAUCCAUGAAGAGAGUAAGGCCAGCUUGACGCCUGCCCUGGCCGGCUCACUGGGCAUGCUGGCCUUAAUCAUGACCGGUCUGCGCAUGGCUCAACGAACCAUGAUGAAGCGAUCGUUUGGCUGGGACGAUGGACUAAUAGUGAUGGCCAUGCCAGUGCAAAAACACGGCCUCGGGACCAACAUCUGGACAAUCCCAUUCGAAGACAUUACUACCCAGCUCAAACUACUUCUCAUCGCCGAGAUCUUUUACAUGCCCGCCGAAGCCUUGACCCAGUUAUCCUUCCUAGCCUUCUACCUCCGCAUCUUCCCUCCCGGCAAUUUCCGAUACAUUGUCUACACCCUCGCUGGCAUCUCCGUCUGCUUCGGAAUCUCCAACACCUUGAUCAUGAUCUUCCAAUGUCUGCCGGUCUCCUACUUCUGGAACAGCUGGUCGGGGGAGGCAACAGGCCACUGCAUUGACAUCAACACCUACUCGUGGUAUCGCGCCGCGAUGCAGAUCGCGAUGGACCUGUCCAUCAUCGCACUGCCCAUCUACCCUCUGUCAAAGCUCGCGUUGAGCCGUCGAAAGAAGACACUCGUCUUGCUGAUGUUCUGCACGGGAUUCUUGAUCACCGUCGUCAGCUGCCUCCGCCUCCAAUCCCUCAUCCGCUUCUCCAAGUCCGCCAAUAUCAGCAUGGACAACAACCCCGCCAUCUACUGGAGCAUGGUAGAAUGCGACGUCGCGAUCGUGUGCGCCUGCAUGCCCUGUCUGCCUGCACUACUGAAGCCCCUCCUCCCCGCGUGCUUCGGGUCCCGGUAUUAUGCCAGUUCGGAUAACGAACGAACCCCGCCGGUCAAGCUGGAGCGGAUCCGCCGCAAGGAUGAGUUCAGUGUUCUGUCGACGGCGGUGUCGGAGGACGCCUUGAUGGCAAGUCGGGGGUGA